AUGUCUUUCCCUAUUCAGACGUGCGGGUUCACGUCAGAGCAUCCUCGCACCCGGAGUUAUUGGCCAGAUGUCACAUCUGGGGACAUCCUUUACCUCCAGGAGACCGUUCAGUCACCCAUUUUUGAAUUCCUGAUCAAUCGCAGCGAGCAGGACAAAAGCUUCGCAGCUUUCACUCCAGAACUCAUCGGCGAUAUCAAGUAUUCUUACAACGCUCUGGUGUCUUCCCUAGAAGGGAAGCAGAUUCGAUCGCGCCCAGCGACCGUCCAUCCUCGCUCACGGUUCUCGUUCGCCCCAAACGCCGUCGGCACUCCCCCACUCAUCUACCUCAUGACAUCCUUUGGUCGCGCGGAAGAUCUAAAUAAGGUCAAGAUCCCUGGGAUUCCCAAGUACUUCUCCGUUCCAGUAUAUCAUCCCCAAACGAAGGACGAUCCCUCGCGUCCUCACAUUCACCUGACGAAUGUGAAGCCGUACAUGUGGGACACGUCUCGUGUCAUCGCCUGGCCGUACUCCAGUGGUGUGAGACCUGAUUAUCCGGUGAGGAAAGACGGUCCAGACGCAUACAGGAUGCCUCCUGAGCGUUUCGGUCCCACUGCGAUGAGCUGUCUCCGCGAUAUUUCUGACACACGAGCGGAGUCCUGGCUGAAACGACCGUCAAAGAAGGUACAGACUGAUGUCAGGAAGUUUUUGGACACAUCAUCGACACUUUCUGGUGACUACGGAAGUCUCUGGGAAGGAAAACAUUCCGUUGCAUCUGCUACAACUUCAUGGCGCUCUCGAGCGUCUCGUAGCAUCACCCAAGAGUCCCGCCGCACGAAGUGGUCACGCACAUCAAGCAUCGGUGCUAGAUCGAUGAUCUCGACGUCGUCUCUUCAGCCGAGCGUGCUCGACGUAUAUGCGCCUGGAUCUCAUCACUCAGUGCCGAAAGUCAUGAAGCCGUUGAACUCCCGCAUUCGAGCUGCUCCUGAGGACCCUGCGACGCCCAGUCACAUAAAUCUCGACCGUACUAUGUCUCCAGCAAGACCGGCUCUUCACAGGAUAACCGAAGACGCAGAGCCUGAUGGUCUCUUGGUGAUCGAGUCUCCUCAUUCUGGGAGCGUCAGCACAAGCGCUUCCGACCGUGAUUCAGGGUAUUGCUCCGGAGGUUCAUGCAAAUAG